AUAUGUUUUCUGUUUUGCUAAUCUGUGGUGAAUAUUUACAAAUUAAAAUUUUAAUUCAGCACCAACGAAAAUAGCUGUAUUCGUUUUAUUGUAACCCUGAAAUACAUGAUACUGGAGGCACGUGCUAUAUAAAUUGAAUGUGUUUCCCAAUUUCAAGAUGAACACAGAUACAGUUAUAGGUGAUGGAAGUAAGCAGGAUGUGAAGGACUCGGGGGUGGUCCUGGCAGCCAACCACCGCUUUGUGGAGCCCGUGAAGGCAGUGAAGAACAUCACAGACAUGGCCAUCUGGGAGAAGUCGGAGGCCUACAUGGAGUACACAGGCUUUAUUGCCACUCUCAAUGAAGCUGUCAAGUCUAAACCACUUUCAGUGGACUGUAAAAUUUCUGAUAAUGUAAAAAAAAUACUUACCAUGCUGGAAAAAAUAGAGAAACUCAUAGAUGAAUAUCCACCAAUAGAACAGCCCCAGAGGUUUGGAAAUGCAGCAUUCAGGGAGUGGUUUGGAAAACUGAAAUCUAUCUCUACUCAGCUGCUGGCGGAGGCAUUGGAUGACAGUGUGCAUCUUGCAAUACCUGAAGUCAAAGUAUAUCUGGAAGAGAGCUUUGGUAAUGCUACUAGGAUUGACUAUGGAACAGGGCAUGAGAUGUCAUUUAUUAUGUUCUUAUGUUGCAUUUACAAAAUAGGCUGUCUGAAGCAGGAAGAUAAUGUAGCCACAGUCCUGUUCAUCUUCAAUAAAUACAUCAACUUGGUGAGAAGCCUCCAGAAAACAUACAGAAUGGAGCCAGCUGGGAGCCACGGGGUUUGGAGUUUAGAUGAUUAUCAAUUUGUUCCAUUUAUUUGGGGAAGUUCUCAAUUGAUUGACCAACCAAAGAUCUAUCCCCCUGGCAAGUUCUUGGAGGAAGAAGUAAUUGCAAAGUAUGCUGAUGAGUACCUGUUCAUUUCUUGUAUAAAGCAUAUAAAUGAAGUGAAGACAGGCCCCUUUGCUGAGCAUUCCAACCAGCUUUGGAGCAUUAGUGCAGUUGGCUCGUGGACCAAGAUCAACCAGGGCUUGAUUAAGAUGUACAAGAAGGAGGUUCUAGGAAAGUUCCCCGUCAUCCAGCACGUCAUGUUUGGCUCCCUGCUGCCUAUCCGCCGGUUCCCGCUGACACACUGAAAGCUUGUACCUAUUUUGGCAGCAUAACAGUCCAGCUGAUGUUUUUAACAAUCAAAUUAUUAAAAACUUUAGUGCUAAUGCCUGGCAUUUUGAGAUUGGCUUAUGCAAUGGAGAGUUUAUGUAACUAUUACCGAAAGCAAGAUGAUGCCCCAGGAGAGUUAAUAAAAACUUAUAUGCCUUAAAAGUCUGAUCCAGUAUUAUGGUAAACAGAGACGAUUUGAUUUGAGUGCAAUGUGAUUGUGAUAUUAUACUUAUUUGAAGUUAGGGGUUUUGAUGUUACUGUUUUUGCCCUCAUGUAUAAUACCCAUCCUUCAAUGCAUUUUAAUGAAUAAAUAACUUGUUUAUGUUAAUCAUUUUAUUAAGAUGUACUUAAGAAUGAAAUAAAAAUGUACAACCACUA